AGUUUCCAAAAGUUCAAAGGUUCGUGCUCAAUAGCAAAAAGCAGACCGUUCUACAUUUCUAAAUCAAUCACCCCUGCAAAUUUUUUUAUUUUUAUUUUUAUUUUUUAUUUUUUAUUUUUCCCCCUUAAUCAUUCCCAAGUGAAGAGGAGUGAAAUUGCAAAAAUGGGGGAUCAUAUAGCGAGAGGAGAAGAUUUUGAGAGAAAAGCCGAGAAGAAGCUGAGCGGCUGGGGCCUUUUCGGCUCCAAAUACGAAGACGCUGCUGAUUUAUUUGAAAAAGCCGCCAAUGCCUUCAAGCUCGGCAAAUCCUGGGAUCAGGCUGGAGCAGUGUAUGUUAAGUUGGCUGACUGUCACUUGAAGUUGGACAGUAAGCACGAAGCUGCUAAUGCAUAUGCUGAUGCAGCUCAUUGCUACAAAAAGACUAACACCAAAGAGUCAAUAUCUUGCCUGGAGCAAUCUGUAAAUUUGUUUCUGGAUAUUGGAAGGCUCAAUAUGUCUGCCAGAUAUUACAAGGAAAUUGCAGAGUUGUAUGAGCAAGAACAGAACUUGGAAAAGGCUAUUGUUUACUAUGAGAAAGCAUGUGAUCUUUUCCAAAGUGAAGAAUUAACAACUUCGGCAAAUCAGUGCAAGCAGAAAAUUGCUCAAUUUGCUGCUCAACUUGAACAAUAUCAGAAAGCGAUUGAGAUAUAUGAAGAGAUAGCACGACAGUCACUCAAUAAUAACUUGUUGAAGUAUGGAGUUAGAGGUCAUCUUCUUAACGCGGGCAUUUGCCAACUCUGUAAGAGUGAUGUUGUUGCAAUCAAUAAUGCGCUAGAGCGAUACGAGGAAUUGGAUCCAACAUUUUCCGGAACACGCGAGUACAAAUUGCUUGCGCAUCUAGCUGCUGCAAUUGAUGAGGAAGAUGUUUCCAAGUUCACUAAUGCUGUGAAGGAAUUUGAUAGCAUGACCCAACUGGAUGCUUGGAAGACGACUCUAUUGCUGAGAGUUAAGGAAGCAUUGAAGGCUAAAGAGCUAGAGGAGGAUGAUCUUACCUAAAUCUAAUUUUCUUCUACCAUGGCGACCUAUAUUUUGUUCUAAUGGUGACUUUGUAAUCGUUCAUUUGUGUCAUUAUGCAUUAUUACUCGUGUGCUUUUUUUUUUUUUUAAUGGGAUUCCUUAUUGGAGUGAAUAUGAGUGCAUCUGUAAAUAGAGUGUAAUUCAGCUGCUGUAAAUUUUCAUUUAUUCCUCUACUAGUUGGCAGCAUCUUUUCAAUUUGAAACUCGCAAUCAAUAUGUAUCCAUGCGGCUGUGGUGGUUCACCACCAACGUCACCCCCACUGAUGGAGACUCUUUUUGAGUUGGCUAUUUAAGAAUCUCAAAACUCACAACAGGAAUUAUGAUA